AUGGGAAGUACAAAAGAGCGCUUACAGCUCGUGCCAGGCACUAUCUUACUGGUGAUAGGGUUUAUACUAACUAUUGUCGGAAUAGCUUCUGCACACUGGUGUCAUUCACAGGAUAAAACUAUAUAUAUUGGACUGUGGGAAAUAUGUUUCCUUGUGAAAGAAUCGGAAGUACAAUGUUUCGAGUUCCGUGAACGGGAUUAUACGCCUAUUAUUGUAUUCAUCACCAGUGCGCUGUGUGUCAUCUGCGCCAUAUUUGAUUUUGUUGCUGUGCUUUGGGGUGUAGCAGCCAUUUUCCAGAAGAAAAGACGUGCAUUCAAAUGGACACAGAAAGCGGGCAUCAUGGCUGCGUUUUCAGAUGUAUUGGUGGUUAUAGCUGUGUGCCUGUAUGCAGCUUCAUACGAAACAAUCGAGUAUCAGAAGAUCCCACGAUGGACGUCUGGGACAGACGUUAACCUUUCAUGGUCCUUCUAUGUCACUUGUGGAGCCGCGGUGACCAUUCUUCUGGGAGCAACCAUGUCCAUCACCAUGGCGCUGCAAUCUUCGCCUAUUUCUACUGUCCAUGUGACGCCGAUGACAACACACAGCCCAUCACCUCUAAUGCACCCGCCACCCAGCACGAGAAUUCCAUCCCCCUUCAGACUGCGUCCACGAGCGCCAUCACCAUUGCCAUUUUCACGGGCUGCAUUUCAAACUCCGAGGAUGAAUCAUUCGCCCGUGUUGCCGUCUUAA